AUGAAUCCAAAGACAGUCGACAUCAUGGAAGAGCAAUUGAGCCUCUGGUCCGUCUCUGACUUGGUGGAUUCGUCCUCGACAAAGAGUCAGGACGGUCAGAGCUGGCCAGCGUUUGCACCUCUGGGUUUUUCCAAGGUCUUCCUCAACCAUCUAAAAAGUGUCAUUGGCAGUGAAGGCGGCAACGUCCACAACCCAGACGACCUAUUGCCUGCAAAUAACGCCAACAGCUUCUACGACGAAGUGCCCACUGCAUGUCUAGCGUCGCCUCAGGCAACACUACCGCCUAAUAAUCAGCUUCUGACGCUGGACGUGCAAUUUCUUGUUUCGAGACAAAAACAAGAAGCCGAGGGAGAAAACCACACUGGAAUUUCUACCAAAUGCCGUGAAAACGCCUGCCUAGUGGUCGCCGGUUCUUCACAACAGAUGAUGAUGAACACAGAGCAGGCUUCGACAAUCCGAAACCAGCAAGCAGCUAAAAACUGA